AUGGCGCGAAGAUGUUCCUUGACGCAGCAAUUACAGAGACUCUUUGUUGUCAAGGACACCAGUUUGGUCAAGGGCCUCGGCGGCGUUCCCGUUAUCCAGGAAGAACUAGACGCCAUUCCUCGGAAGUUCUUGGAAAAGAAGCAAUGGAGCGAGCCCUUGGUUCGCCAAUUCCAGCAAGCGUUUCCUGAGGCUGCCGGAGAGAUCAACAAGUUCAGUCUCGCAAGAGCUGCAGGGUAUAUCACAAAAUUCCACCAGGUCAUUGGCUGGGAAUUGAAUGGGAACGCGAACGGAGAUCCCCACAGGUUUGACUGGCUCCUUGUCAAGGCCUGUGCAAGAUUCUGGCGUGCGAAGGACAACGUCUCCGUGGGCCCAAAGCAUCUUCAUCCACGGAAGGACGAUCUCGAUUCCUGGGCGCGGGAGUACAAGCAUGGAAAAGGGCCGGCGUGGAUGACCCCCGCUCGCCUUGAUGCCCACGCACAUCCGCAGAUCAUCAAGUCUUUUGCGGAAAUCCAAAAUCUCAAGUCACUCUCCCCCAUCUUCGCCGAGAUCCUGGAUACGCGACCUCCUACUAUUCGUCAAGGUAGGAAGGAAUACCAGAACACCCACGGUCGUAUCGAGAAUAUGCCAGAGAACCAUGAGCUACGCGCCAUGGCCAAUGGAGAUGAAGAAGAGGUCUAUCUCGGCCCUAUCAUCUACACCAAAUUCUGGUUUCCUGUCCUGCAGAGGUUCUAUCAGAGCAACAACCCCAACGAUAUCCCAGCGCUACCGCGCGAAAAUGUCAUGCCUGGCUGGGGAGAUGGAGAUCUCAUGAGCAGCGGAUGUCCAGAUCGCAUGAAGAAGUAUGAUGUGUACGUCAAGAAGUGCAAGAAGUUCGGACGCAAUGCGCUCGUUGUCUACCUCUUGUCGGAGCUGAAACGGUCCGUUGGCAAGCAGAGAGAGUUUAAGUCUAUCUUGAAAAGGAUCAAUAUCUGCCUACAGGAAGGUCUUUUCGACAUUUCCCCGGAGGAACUUCAGCGGAACAAGGAAACGAACAUCCACAUGCUGCCGCCGGAGUACCUACUUUCAGGAGUGUAG